AUGCAGUUCAGAACUAUCGUAUUGCUCUCGACGGUCGUCGCCGCGGCUUGGGCCCUCUCCUGCUACCAGUGCAAUACGGGUGCCAACGGCGAGGAGAUGUGCGACUCGACGGAGGUGACGGAUCUGGCCAAGUGGAAAAAGCCUUGCGGCAAGCUGGCUGACGGCCCCUUCGCUAACAAGAACGCCAUCGGGUGCCGCAAGAUCGAGCAGUACGUCGAGGAGAAGAAGCAGACGAUCAGGGAAUGCGCCUACUCGGGCGAGGAGGUCGACGGGUUGAAGAAGACGGGCAACAACCGCAUCCAGCUUUACUUCUACCAGUGCAAUAACAAAGACGGCUGCAACGCUGGCACAUCUACCUCUGUCCUUGCCGCCUUCGCCUCUGUCUUUGCCGUCUUCGCCUUCCGUUAC